GUUUACCUAAACGUCAGCAAGACGGCUAGCGCUCGCAUAAAAAGCUUUAAAACGACGAUUUGAAAGACCCACGAAGAACAUCAAGUCGAUAACGCCACAGCUUACAUCGGUAGUAAGGUUGCUUCCCGUCUCUGAGCCACCAUGAUUCCGGCCGCCCUGCGGCGUUUUUACAGGCUGCUGGUCCGCGUCAAGGGGAUAGAUGCCUCCGUGGAAGACACGCGCCUGUCACGGUGCCUCGACACCUACGACCUGGUGGCGCUGGGUGUGGGUAGCACGUUAGGCGCCGGCGUCUACGUGGUGGCCGGCGACGUGGCCAAAGACAUCUCCGGACCCGCCGUGGUGCUCUCCUUCCUGAUAGCGGCGUUGGCGGCUAUCAUGGCCGGGCUGUGCUACGCCGAGUUCGGUGCCCGUGUGCCCAAGACGGGCACGGCAUACCUCUACAGUUACGUAACGGUCGGGGAGGUGCUGGCCUUCAUCACCGGGUGGAACCUCCUCUCCUCGUAUGUCAUCGGAACCGCCAGUGUGGCCAAGACGUGGAGCAGGACCUUCGACACGAUCCUGGGGAACAGCAUUGAGACUUGGAGCAAAAAACAUAUUCCCAUGAACUCGCCCAACAUCCUGGCUGAGUACCCGGACAUAUUUGCAGUCUUCAUCAUCAUGGUUAUGACAGGAGUGCUGAGCUUUGGCGUGAAGGAGUCGGCCAUGUUGUCCAAGGUGUUCACCAGCAUCAACAUCCUGGUGUUGGUGUCAGUCAUGAUCUCGGGCUGCAUCAAAGGAGACGUGAAGAACUGGAACCUGAACGUCGACGCCAUCAUCAGCGCCGCCAUCCACAACUCACCCAAUGGAACGGAUCACUCAGAACUCAAGAAGAGUUUGGGCGCGGGAGGAUUCUUGCCUUUUGGCUGGGAGGGAGUCUUCUCUGGCGCCGCCAAGUGUUUCUACGCCUUCAUAGGCUUUGAAUGCAUCACCACAGCAGGUGAGGAGGCCAAGGACCCGCAGAAGACCAUCCCCAUCAGCAUCGUGACCUCGCAGCUGGUCUGCUUCCUGGCCUACUUUGGCGUGUCGGCCGCCCUCACCUUCAUGGUCCCGUUCUACCUGCUGGACAAGCACAGCCCGCUGCCCGUGGCCUUCACACACCUGGGCUGGGAGGGCGUCACGUACGCCGUGGCUGUCGGCUCGCUCUGCGCCUUGUCCACCAGUCUGCUAGGAGCCAUGUUCCCCAUGGCCAGGGUCAUGUGGGCCAUGGCACAAGAUGGCCUCCUCUUCAAAUGUUUCUCCACCAUCAACGAGCGCACCAAGACGCCUUUUGUGGCCACCGUGACGGCCGGGGUCUUAGCAGCGGUGAUGGCGCUGAUUUUCAACCUGAAGGACCUGGUAGACAUGAUGGCCAUCGGCGCCCUGCUGGCGUACACGUUGGUAGCGGCGUGCGUGCUGCUGCUCAGGUACCAGCCUGAGGGCGGCGGAGCCCGCGAGGAGGGAAGUGAAAACCGGGCCGAGUCCGACGUGCCGAUGAGGCAACGCAUCCGAACCGCCAUCUUCUGCUCCGGCACAAAGCCGACCCGCGCGUCCGGGUCCGUGGUCAUCGUGUGCGUCAGCGUGCUCGUUUUUUUGGUGUUUGCCUUCAACGUGACCGCCGUGGCCUUCCAGCUCACGCUGUGGUCGCUGUGCCUGCUGGUCGUCAUCAUGUCGGCGUGCUUGGUGGUCGUCUUCGUCAUUUGCACGCAGCCGCAGAAUAAGACCCAGCUCUUCUUCAAGGUGCCGAUGGUGCCCUUCCUGCCGGUGCUCAGCAUGCUGGUCAACACCUUCCUGGUCAUGCAGCUGAUGAAAAGCCUGUGGAUGCACUACUGUUGUUGUCUGACUUUAGGUUUGAUUAUCUACUUUAGUUACGGCAUCCAUCACAGCACACAGGCAGAGACCCAGCACCACUCCUGA